AAUGAUAUCUCGAGACGACAAAGAUGCGACGGGCGCAUUGAUAGCGCAGCUACAUACCGCCAUGUCUCCGAAAGUAAAGUGGCGGCUAGCGAUCACUGCUAUUAUACUUUGUGUGAUUGUUAUAUUGUACCUAAUUUUGACCCGUAUUCCAACGUAUAUAUACAUUUUUGUCAUUAGUGCUUGUGGCGUUGGUUGCUACUACAACGCGAUAGAUUUUCCUUUUCUCUCAAGAUUAGGCCUUAAUCCACGCCAUGGUUUGACAAUUCCAGCGGCUUUUCUUAACUGGUUACGCGGGUGGAGCAUUAGUAGAGAAUCGACAGCUAGGCGAAGAAACAGGACGCUUUCUCCCGCGAAUAAUGCUGUUUUGAGCAACGAAAAGCUUUCUGAAACUUCACUGCAUUAUCCGGAUGCUUCUUUCAACUGUUCGUUUUACCCGCGACAUACAUACAUGGAUCGACCUGAGCCCAGUCCGUCGAGAUUUUAUGGAAAAACUCGUUUAACUCCCCUGAAAAAGAGACUUUCAUACGGAGGUGCCAUGGAGAGCCCAUCGCGCAUUGUCUCCCCAGGACGACAUUACACUGUCCAUCAGGCGACAACCACAUCCUUUGGAGUUCUACCCCAACCGUGGGAUGGCUUCCACCAGAAGAGUAUUCUAAAGCCGCGAAACUCUGCUGUAGUCCAAAGCGCUGUCAGGAUAGCGAAACCAGAAAGCCACCCAAACAUAUCUGCUUUCUUUGAUAAUUUGAACUCGCACAUGGCCUCGCCAGAAAGCCUGCAGAGACAGCCUGAGCCAUGCUCUCGAGAGAGCGUACUGAGUGUGCUGAGAGAAAGCCGCAAACGAGAGGUGGACAAAGAGGAUAAAAGAGAGAAUACUGAUGGACAGUAUGCAAAAAGAAGUCGCCAAGACAGUGGUGGGAGUGCCAAUUCAGGACUUGAGCCCCUAUUGGCCAAUGGAGCACCAUCCCUGCAAGUACCAAGAACGGGUCAGAAGAGAUGGCUGAAUGGUGCAAUGGCCGAGGAGUCGGCAACAAAGAGAUCUCGCACAUCGUCCAUCAGCUCUGGGGCCGGGGGCCCUAGCACUGCGGGGGCCCGUAACUCCAUCACCAGCUCUUACAGCUCCUCCCAGGCUGCCUCCAAGCGUAAGGCUCUCUCCAGCUCCAGUCAGUCCCCUUCAACAAGUCUGGGCUCCCCACGCCCUCAAACACCAGUGAGGGCAGCCAAAAAGCUCAGGGAUGAGACCACCGACUCACCAAGUUUGUCAUUUGGAAAGUCUGACAAGAAUGACUCUGAUUCAUCUCCGGCCGCAAAGGAGACCAAGCCUGCCCCUGAAACUCCCAAGUCUUUGGCCACCGCUAACUCAAAGGACCCUGGCUCCCAGCGUAGGCGCAAGAUUCCACUCGUGUCUCAUAACAAAGAUGGACAGAUUCCUCUGCCCCCUCCACCUGAGCUUGGCUAUACCAUCACAGUUGAGGAUUUGGACAGGGAGAGAAAAGCCAAUCUCUCUCAGAUUCAGAAGCUCCUGGAAGAACCUGAACCAGAGAAGCCUGCACCUGAACCUGCACCUGCAGCCACAGCGGCCUCCAUCUCCCUCUUCUCCACCUCCACCUCCACCACAGCUGCCACGGCAGCCCCAGCCACCACCACCACCACCAGCGAGAGCACUCCAGCCGCCUCGGCUCCCUCACUGAGCUCUGUCACAACCUCCGCUCCCACUCUCACCCUGCCCUCAGUGGCUCCCGGUGCAUCCUCUGCCUUGGGGAUCGCCACUGCCACUGCCGCUGCCACCACUCUUGGGGCUCCUGCUGGCCUGCCGCCUCCCUACUCCUCCACCACCACCACCUCCUCCUCCUCCUCCUCACUGGGGCUCCUCGUAACCUCUCCCCCCACCUCUGCUGCUGCGAGCCAGCCCAACCCCCUGCUGGAGAGUCUGAAGGCCAUGAGGUCGCCUGCGUUUGGAAACACAAUUGCAGGUACCACCUUGCCCACACCAGCUGCCGUGAUGACAACUGCUGUGCUGACACCCGCUGCCCAGAGUGCGGGCCCUGUGAAGUCUGAGCCCAGUGCGGCUGCCCCACCGGCCGGUGCCCCUCCAGCGUACCCCGGUGCAACGCGCCCGGCCCCCAACAUGAACUCAGCCUUCGCCCAGGUCCUGAGUCAGCCCCUGCAGGUGUCCUCGAGCGGAGCAAGCCUGUUUGGGCUGGUCAAGCCGACGGCGACCCUCGCCUCCACGGCCCCCCCAGCCAGUUGCUCUUCCUCAUCCUCAUCCUUAGCCCAGACAACCAUGGCGGCGGCGGUUGCCUCAUCUGGUAUCGGCCGUUUUGGCACCACCACGUCAGCCGCACUGCCGACCUCUGGCUUCAAGCCCAUCUUUGGAGCGUCCACCACAGCCCCUGCCUCGGUGCCGGCGCAAGAGAGCAAACCUGCUGUUCCCACCUACACAAACAUCUUUGGCAGUACGAACAGCAGCAACAUUUUCAGCCAGAUGGGGGCCCCGGCAACGACGUCGGCUCCAGCGGCCGCAUCAGCAGCACCGGCGGUGGCAGGCGGUGGAAGCACCAGUCUGUUUGGAGGGCUCACCGCCAGCCGGACGGCUCCGGCCUCCACCGCCGCCAGCGCCGCAACCUCCACGCCUGCCAAGUCUCUGUUUGGCAGCUGGGGUGCGGCAGCACCGGCGGCAACUGCCACUACACCUGCCAACACAUUCCAAUUCGGAGGCUCCUCCACCACGACUGCCAGUGGCGCAGCACCAGCACCAGCGUCUGUCUCCACUGUCAACUCCUCCAGCACCGCCACGUUCCAGUUUGGUGGGGUCCAACAACCGGCACCCACUGCCGCCGCCUCCACCCAGCCCGCGGCCCCUCAGGGUGGCUUCUCGUUUGGCCAGCCGUCAGGGGGUCAGAGCUCCACGCCGGCUACCUUUGGAGGGUUUGGCAUGGCAAGCAGUAACUCCGCAGCUGCCCCCGCCUCUUCCUCCGCCGCCACCAUGCCAGCAGCGUCAGUGUCUGUGUUCGGGACAUCAUCCUUCGGCGGUGCCACCCAAGCAGCAUCUGGCGGCAAGCCCUUUACAUUUGGGGGCACGGCAGCGGCAGGGCCGUCGACCGGCAACACGGCAUCUCCAUUUGGGUUCGGAGGUGGUGCUGGGGGUGCCACUGCUGCGCCCUCUGCCGCGCCAGCAUCUGCUUUCGGCACGGGCGGGCAGUCGAUGUUCGGCAGCAGUGCUGGAAGCGCAGCGUCAGGCUUCUCGUUCGGGGGUGCGGGCGCUGCCGCCGCCACCACCACCACCACCUCCGCCCCUGCUGUCCCGACCUUCGGGACCCCCUCCACUCAGACUGCAGCCCCCCUCGCGGCGGCAAACCCCACUUUCACAUUUGGCCAGCCGGCGCAGAACACCCCGGCAACCCCUGCAACCAACUCCAACACGGGCGGCUUCAACUUCGGCACACCUCAGUCUCAGACACCCUCAUUCUCAUUUGGAGCCAAUACAGCCAACUUUCUUGCGACAUCCACCCCAUUCAAUCAGCCGGCUGCUGGAGGCUCCAUGGCCUUUGGUUCACCCCAGGCACCCCAAGCACAGGGCUUCAACGCACAGACAGGCUCUCCUUUCGGGGGCGCCUCUAUGGGAAGCUUCUCAAUCGGCGCUGGCUCCAAACCCUCUGCUCGCCAGAGGCUGCAAGCUCGUAGGAUGCACGUGAGGAAGAAGUAGCCCCUCACCACUGGGGUUUCGUCAGCAGCACAGCGCCCCCCCCAAUGGACUAUUUCAGCUGCUGCAACCACUGUGGUUGCUUGCGGCCAUGGCUGUACUGAGUAAAUAUAUGAUAGGUUUAAAAUGAGUCCCUUUUUUGUACUUGGAAAAAAAAAAAAAAAACCUAAAAACUUAAGAUGAGGAAUUUGAGUUUCAUUACUUUGCAUUGUAUGUAUUAUUUUAUUGUUUUGGAUUUUAGUGUCUAAUUUUACCAUGAAAUUGUUUUUCCUCAAUAAAGUGUGUAUAAGGUUUUUUUCCAUCC